AGUGAGGGUAUUUAUGUAAUUAUCAUAUAUAACUUCAGAUAGCGGGGGAUGGGUUCUCGAGGGGAAUGGUAAGAGCCCUAGAGUGGGGAACCAUAGAAAUUAUCAUCAAUGGCGUCGUCGAAGAGGAAUCAUAAAGAGAAGAUAAUUCGUCGAAAAGAAGAGAAACCAGAAGAACCGGAGCUACCGAAGUAUAGGGAUCGUGCAAAGGAGCGGAGAGAGGAUCAAAAUCCGGAUUACGAACCAACUGAACUCGGCUCUUUUCAUGCGGUUGCUCCUCCUGGCACCGUCGACCUUAGGUCAACUGACGCCAACAAGAUAUCCAUCGAGCACAGCAAGUACCUCGGAGGGGAUGUGGAACACACGCAUUUGGUCAAAGGCUUGGACUAUGCUUUGCUUCAUAAAGUGAGAAGUGAGAUUGAAAAGAAACCGGAAGUUGGAGAUGAUGCUGAUGGAAAGUCCAGAGUAUCCAAUGAGGACCAGCCAUUGUCAUUUCGCACUGCAACUGCAAAGUCAGUGUAUCAGUGGAUUGUCAAGCCCCAAACUGUUGUCAAGUCAAACGAGAUGUUCCUCCCUGGUAGAAUGGCAUUUAUUUUUAGCAUGGAGGGUGGAUUUUCUAGUGACAUUCCAACGACCCUGCAUAGAAGUAAAGCUGACUGUCCAGUGCCGGAGGAAAUGGUUACUGUCGGCGUUGAUGGUUCUGUGCUGGACCGAAUUGCUAAAAUCAUGUCAUAUCUUCGCCUGGGAUCAUCUGGGAAGGUUCUCAAGAAGAAGAAGAAGGAGAGAGAUGUCAAAGGAAAGAUAUCAACUGUUGGUAAUGAAUUUGAUGAAGAGAAGAAGCCAUCAAAGCUUGAUGGUGGAAUGUCAAAGAAUCAAACCGAAAGGGAAAGCCUGCCACCACCUUUACCUCCCAGGAAAAAUUAUGUUGAUUCAAGAGAGAAACAUGGUCCAUCUGUUGCUAGAUCUGAACAGGAUGACAUAUUUGUUGGGGAUGGUGUUGAAUAUGAUAUUCCCAGUAAAGACAUGAGUCAGAGCCCUGUCUCCGAGGACAUGGAGGAGUCUCCUCGAAACAAGGAAAGAAUUUCCUAUCUCAGUGAACCUGCUUAUGGUCCAGUUCCGCCCUCUGAGCCUCAGGAAUGGCAACAAACGAAUGGAUAUGAUGCUAUGCAAGCACAAGCAUUGGCUGCUGGCUACCAGGGAGACUGGCAGGAGUACCAAUAUGCUGAGCAAAUGGCUUAUCCUGAACAAUAUCUCCAGCAGAACAUGCAAACAUAUGAUGUGCAGGCAGGUAUGGGCAUUCCUCAGGAUCCACGCUUCAUGACUCAAGAAGAGAAGGAUCGGGGUUUGGGGUCCGUGUUCAAGCGGGAUGAUCAAAGGCUGCAGCAACUGAGGGAGAAAGAUGCUCGAGAGAAGGAUCCCAACUUCAUAUCAGAAAGUUACUCUGAAUGCUAUCCUGGGUAUCAGGAGUACAACCGUGAGGUUGUGGACAGUGAUGAUGAAGAUGACUUGUCAAAAAUGGACAUGGGUGGACGUGCUAAGGGUCGUCUACAUCGGUGGGACUUUGAAACAGAGGAGGAAUGGGCAACAUAUAACGAGCAGAAGGAAGCAAUGCCAAAAGCUGCAUUCCAGUUUGGUGUGAAGAUGCAAGAUGGUAGAAAGACAAGAAAGCAAAACAAGGACCAGAAGCUCACCAACGAGCUCCACAAGAUCAACAAGAUACUUGCCAGAAAGAAAAUGGAGAAGGGUGAGAUGAAUGAUGAUGGAGGCCGCUAUGAUGAUGAUUCACAACCUGGGAAGAAGCUUCGGAUAUGAAGCUUUUAGAAGAGUUGGUUGAUGCAACUUUUGUACUAUUUGUAGGAUAAUUUUUUUGUUGAUCUGGAGCCUGUAUUGCACUAAGUUUUUUAGGGCAAAGGAAAGUGAAGUUUGUCAUAAAUUCUUGCUAAUGUAGUAAUCGGUUUCCCUUU